GCAUCACCACCACCACCACCACCACCACCUCCAUCGCCAUAGAAGCAAACGCGAGAAUUCUCACAGGAAGAAAAGAGGGCCCUUGGCAUUCUCUCUUUCUGACCCUCCGUGGGAAAAGGAGAAGCCACCAAGAACGAAAAACAGUCGCAAUCAGAGCAGCCCCACUUCAGCGAAAGGUUGGAUAGAAAGCUGGAGAGAGAGAGAGAGAGGGGGAGGAGAAUAAAAUCCUUUUUUUCCGCUUGUCCUUGUUGGAGAUUAGGUCCCCAAUAUCACCAGGCCAUCUUCUUCUCCUUCUUGCUCUCGUCAAUCCUUUUUUCCUGUUCUGUUCUGUCCUGUCCUGUCGAGGGUUUUCCUUCUCCUGCCCUGUUUCCCCUGUUUCGCCAGACCCAUCUUCUUCUUGCCCUUGUCCGUCUUUUUCCUGUGCUGUUCUGUCGAAGGGUUUUCUUCUGCUGCUCUGUUUCCCUUGUUAUUGAAGAGAGAGAGAGAGAGAGAGGGAGGGAGGGAGAGGGAGAGGGGAGAUGGAGAUGGUGUAUUACCAGCUGGCCAGGUCGUCUUCAUACCAGGACUCGCUGAAAGUGUUAGAGGCUGAUAUACAACACGCUAACGCUCUGGCCGCUGCGAUUCCGAGGGCAAAGGGCGGCGCUCGCCUUCAAAUGAAACUGGUCUACAAUCACUUGGCUCCGCUUUUCUUGUUUCUGCUACAAUGGAUGGAUUGCUCCUGCACUUGUCUGCUACCCAGAUACUUAGACCUCUUCCACAUACUCAUAUACAAGGUUUAUAGUGAUGGAAGACCCAAUAUAUCUACACAUGGGAGGAAGGCAACAAUAAGGGACUUCUACUCUGUUAUAUUGCCAUCUCUUAGACGGCUACAUGGUGACACGGAAGAGUUGGAUGAUGUCAAAGGCAAGCAUCUGGCUAUGGAGCCUGUGGGCAAGAAGAAAGUGGAAGGUGACUUUAGGUUGGCCAAUGUAGAUUUGGAGAGAGAAGAAGAAUGCGGGAUUUGUUUGGAACCCUGCACCAAAAUGGUGUUGCCAAAUUGUUGCCAUGCAAUGUGCAUAAAAUGCUAUCGGAAUUGGAAUGUGAAGUCCGAGUCUUGCCCCUUUUGUCGUGGAAGCUUGAAAAGAGUGAAGUCUGAAGAUUUAUGGGUGCUCACUUGCAAUGAAGAUGUGGUUGAUGCGGAAACGGUCUCUAAAGAGGACUUGCUACGUUUCUAUCUCUACAUCAAUAGCUUGCCAAAGGAUAGCCCAGAUGCUCUUUUCUUAGUUUAUUACGAAUACCUGAUAUGAUCAAAGUAAUGCCCACUGCUGUACAGAUUAAAAGCGAAAGGCCGACCGUCGGAUGUAGAUAGAGUCUGGUAAGAAAAGUUCUCUCUGAUUUAUGGAAUAAUUAGUUCCACAUUGUACUUGUCAAAACAUUUAUCUGCACAAAUGCAAGAUAUUUGAUUAUACUGUGAGUCUUCAUUUCUGGAACUUGGAUUCUGGUCACAAUGGUGAAUUACAUGGAGUAGUAGUA